AUGAUUAAAUCAGCGUACCCUGGACUGAAGAAGUUGGCAGCACAUUAUGAGACGGAUGAAGUGCGUGUUCGCUUCGUGCUGUUCCCGUUGCCAUACCACCAACACGCCUUCGCUACUGCUGAAGGUACCUUCACUAUCACCAAGGCGUUGGGUGACCGAAGCUUUACCGAUUGGCUGGAAGCGGUCUAUGCUAAUCAGGAAAUUUUUUGGAACAAAGCGACGAAGGACUUGAGCUCCAUACAAGUGAUUGAAAAGCUUAAGGCUCUUGCUCAGAAGACGUUUCCAUCGUUGACUGAUGCGGAGUGGGAGACUCAAAUGACAGGAUAUGGGGGCACUGAUGUGGAUGCCCUUGUCCGUGAAUCGUGGAAGUACACAUGCUCCAGAGGCAAGUCGGGCACACCCAUGUAUACGUUAAAUGGCGUCCCGUUUGAAGCUGGUGCAGACUGGACUUUUGAGCAAUGGCUUGUGUUAAAUUUCUGA